UUCCGGUUCCGGUCCCGUGCUGGCGGCGCGGCCCGCACCGGCGCGGCGGUGGCGGCUCCGGGAGCCCGCGGGGACCCGCCCGGAUGGCGUCCAGCUCCGCCCGCGGGCCGCGCUGCCGGGAGCGGAGCCGCCGGGGCCGCUCGGGACGGGGAUCGGCGCCCGCCGGGCGCAGCCGCAGCCGCAGCCGCAGCCGGGCGCGGGAGGGCGAGCCCCGGGCGCUCCGGGAACCGCCGCCGCUUGGAGAUCCGGAUGCUUUAGCCCCCGCUGGGGAGGGAGCAGGAGCUGCCAAGCGCCAGAAAAAAACCGCCCGGCACCAAAACCCAAAAAGCAGCUGUAGGGACCCCAAUGGCCCAGCCCCUGCGGAGCCCGAGGGGCGCGGGGAGCCCUCCAGGCCCUCGGAGAACGGGUCGGUGCCGCCGCCGAAAGCGCCCGGGAAGCGCGGGCGGAAGUCCAAGGCAGAGAUGCUGCUGCUGAAGCUCUCCCAGGACCUGGAGUGCCCGGCCCCGGAGCCCAUCUGCGUGCAGAAGAUGCUGGGGAGCAGCGACGCGGGGGAAGGGCUGGAGCCCCCCCGCGGCGGGCGCCCCAAGAGGCGGGCAGCCAAAGUGGCUUUGCUGUACCUGCAGGAGCUGGCAGAGGAGCUGACGUCCGUGUACCAGCCUCCGGCUCCCACCGAGGGUGCCCAGGAGCCAGAGCCACAACUUGGGCGUAUCCAGAAGAAGCAUCGGAGCCGGAGGAGGAAGGAGGAGGAAACAGACAGUGAUGAUCCUGCACGAGAUGCUGACUUUGUGCCCUCGAAGGAGGUGUUGCUGCAGGCGGAGGAGGAGGAGGGGAGUGACGCGCCGCUCAGUGAGGUGUCAGAGCCAGAGUUGGAGGCGCUCCGAGGGCACGGCGGGAAGGUGUCAUCUGCAGGGAGAUCCAAGCCCCAGUGCCGAGGCCUCGCACCCAACGGCUUCCACAACUCCAUCAUGGCCCCAGUGGAGAAGUGCUCCAGCCUCACCUGCAGCCUGCGGGAUCAGAAGUACUCGCAGUGGGAGUUUCCCGACUGGAUCCCUUUGGCGCACAAGUGGACGUGUCUCUCCGAAAGCGAAGCUGCCCCGUACCUGCCAGUGGAAGAGAAGUCUCCCCUCUUCUCCAUCCAGCGGGAGGGCAUCGAAGAUGACGGUGUCUUGUACAGGGUGAACAGGUUCAGCUCCCUGCAGCCCCACGAGGAGCGCCUGGACGUGUCCUUCUUCGUGGGGGGCCCCGUGUGGGCGAUGGAGUGGUGCCCGUCCCCGGAGGGCUCGGCGGCCUCUCAGUACGUGGCCGUUUACUGCCACGGGAGCAUGGAGGAGACGCACAGCGUGGCCGGGCUCCACAGGGGCCCCGCUCUCCUGCAGCUCUGGGGCCUGGGCACGCUGCAGCAGGAGCAGGGCUGUGCCGACAAAGCCGGACUGGCCUACGCCAUCGCUGCCGACCACGGCUGCAUCUGGGACAUGAAGUUCUGCCCCAGCGGUGCCUGGGAGCCGCCCACCACUGCCAGGAAGCACCCGCAGAUGAGCCGGCUGGGCCUGCUGGCUGUGGCCUUCUCGGAUGGCAAAGUGGUGCUGUACUCCCUCCCGCACCCCGGGGCCCUGCAGCGCUCCAAGAGAACCCAGGUAAAAGAUGGGCCCUUCCACAAGUACAUUAUCUGCAAGGUGCAGUGUGUCGCCACGCUCCAGGUGGGCUCUAUCCAGGCAGGGAACGCAUCCGAGUGCGGCCAGUGCUUUAGCCUCUCCUGGAUGCCAUCCAAGCCCCACCAUCACCUCGCAGCUGGUUUUUAUGACGGCACCGUGGCCAUCUGGAACCUGCUCACCAAGUCCCUGCUGCAGUGCGUGCGCCAGCCCGAUGGCUCCCUCAAGCUCUACCCCUUCCAGUGCUUUCUAGCCCACGACCACGUGGUCCGGAGCAUCGAGUGGUGCAAGGCCGACGGCAACUUCCUGGUCACGGCAGGGAGCGACCGUAAGAUCAAGUUCUGGGACCUGCGGCGGCUCUAUGAGCCCAUCAACAGCAUCAAGCGGUUCCUCAGCACUGAGGUGGCCUGGCUGCUGCCCUACAACGGGGUCACCGUGGCCCAGGACAACUGCUACGCCUCUUACGGUCUCUGCGGGAUCCACUACAUCGAUGCGGGGUACUUGGGCUUCAAGGCUUAUUUUGUGGCCCCUCGCAAGGGGACCGUGUGGAGCAUAUCUGGCUCGGACUGGCUGAACACGGUGGCAGCAGGAGACAUCACCGGCGAGCUGGUGGCUGCGGUGCUGCCCGACCUGGCUGUCAACCCCCUCAACGUCAAGCGGUCCUCGGACCGCAGAUUUCCGGUCUACAAAGCCGAUCUGCUGCCCUGCAGCCCCGAUGGGUCAGAGGGCGGUGAGCAGGCGCUGCCGAAGACCAGGCUCUACAGCGAGAUGGUGACCAAGAGCUACAUCCGAUUCCGGGACACGGACCUGCUUCAAGAACUUCCCCAGCCGGGAGCCCAUGCGCAGGAUGCACACUCAGGAGGUGAAGGCAGAGCUGAGCCUCGACCGCCUGCAGCUGGAGUCCCUGCACAAGGUGCGCUUCAGCCCCAACCUGGACUCGCACGGGUGGCUGGUGUCGGGCGGGCAGGCGGGCAUCGUGCGGGCGCACUGCCUGGCAGGGCUGGCCGCCGGCGUGGGCCGCCAGCUGCUCCCGGAGCGCCGUGCCCGCUUCUCCUCCCUCUACAGCGACGAGCCCGGCAGCCCUGGUCGCGCCGGGCUGCCGGCCGAGUAGCGCGGUGCACCCCUCGUGCUGCUGCCACACGCGUGUGCCCCGGGCGGGAGCUGGGGGGGGCUGUGUACCCCUUCUUGGUGCUUCUUACCCUCUGGGCCCCUGCCUCAGGGGAGGGACGGCUGCUCCUGGCCGUCCCCCGGGACGCUCGGGACACUUUGUCCUCGUGCUCUGGGCCCAGAAGGAUCCUUCUGCGCUGUUUGGUCUGAGCUGGUGGGGGGGGUGGGGUGGGCGGUGGGAGCGUUGUGUGUCCCCAGGUUGAGCUUGUGGGUUGAUGCCAGGGAAGCACCCGUGGGCCCCCACCCGUGUGGGGCCGUGCUCUCGCCUCCUGGGCCCCAUUGCUGGCUGACCCCUGUGCAGGUGCAGGGAGCGGGGCCGGGGGGCGGGUGUCCAGCCUCGCCCCCUGGGCAGGGUGGAUGGGGCUGGCAGGGGUGCCGGGAGCUCUGAAGUUGCUCACAUUGAGCUUGUGUUCAGCUGUGCAGUAAAUGUGGUUUGUUUUGUAAA